UGUGACUAAGACGAUCUAACUAUAUUAAAACAGGGGAAUUGACCAGACAUACCGUAGGACGGAUUGCAGGACGUAGUGAAUUGACAUUAGAUUCACAGAAUUGUGAGUAUUGUCGGGUAUUUGUAUCAGAACUGUAGCUAAACUUUGCCAUCUAUUUUUUCUCAAUAAAUGAAUUGCUACGGAAUCCGUGACUUCUUGUUCUGCGCCCUGUACCGUGCCAACACACGUAUAUGGAUAGGCUUGCAGUAGGUUUCGUGAGACUUUUUUGGACAACUCAAUGAAACAAACUAUUCUAGUUUUAGCUGAUUCAAGCAACCACCAGCUCCAUCUGCUCGAAGAACUCCAGUAAAAUUCUCCCUCGGCAACACUAUGAAUCAAUCAGUAGGUCGGCUCCAGAGGCACGUUCGACCCAAACGAAUGCCUUUGAGAUGAGAGUCACAAUGAACCCGAGUAAAGAUAACAAAUUGAUAGCACUUAACUUGGAAUAUUUUUGUCAGAUAUUUUUCCUUCUUUGAAUCAAAGGCUAUUCUUUCGAGUUAUACUGAUAUAGAAAACAGUGGCAAGAUCAGUUAAGUUCAUCAUUCUUUUUCGUCCAAACAGCAUUCGGCCAAACGGCGUUCGGCCAAAUGGCCUUUUCGGCCAAAUGGCGUUCGGCCAAAUGACCCGGAACCCCUAAAUUGGUUACUUUCCGUUAUAGCAAUAUGCCCUUAACUUACCUGUCAGAUUUAGUCCGGAGUGUCGUCUGCUGUACGUGCAUACUAAGAUUAACUUAAUAUUUUCCUCUUUUGUUACUCUGUUCUCAACAGCAAAUCUAAUCUUACUCGAUACGCUCAGUUAUCUCUUGUGCUGAAACUCUGUAAAUGAGUUAACGAGUUCAGCUUGAAUAGUAAAUAACGUUACUGAUGAACGAAAAAUAUUGAUUACCGAUUUUCCGCACCAUGUCGUCUUAUACUGGUCGGAUUACUCUCGAGCUCGAGUACCAUUUUGAUCGGGUUGCAAUCCGACAUCCUGAUGACGUGACCCGCCCACCGUAGCCUUCCAAUUUUCGCGAUGUGGAUGAUGAUAGUCGGUUCUCCCUGUAGCUGAUGCACCUCAUGCUUCAUUCGCCUUCUCCGUUGGUCUUCUGCAUCAGUAUUUAUCUAGUAUUUAGCUCAAUAGUCUUUGACUCAUAAAUCUUCGUCUUGAUGCUCCCUUUCAUGAAAUAUAUAAAAAAAAGCAUUAUUUGUUAACCCUUCUUUUAAACAUUAACAGAAAAUUAUACUUUGGAAACGAAACACUCAUAGAAUUCUUUGCUGAGAAGCAGGCUUUGCUCGAGUUAAGACGUAAUACCAUAAUGAUAAAGAAAUGAAAAUAACAGGAGAAGCUAAGAGCUGUGAAAAAUGUGGGGUCAACAUACUCAAAAACUUUUCCCCUCAAGCAUUUCACUUCACCCGUUCUCUGCUACCAACACUCAAUCGUCACACGCUAAUGAUGUAUAUAAGUGCUAAUGAGGGAACUAAUAUAUAAUGGAUAAAUUGAAUUGAAUUAACCCAUCACAUGCCAUCACAACUUUGGUUGGAGCAAACAGUUUGCUGCUUGCAGUAGAAUUGUGAUCAUCGUGAUUAAUAGCUUCAAAGUGCUGAAAUGAUUGUUCUUGGAUGUGAGCCAAAUCAAUGGGUCAAAUCUAUCCAUAAUCUCAAUUCUACCUUUAAUUUUUUAGAUGUUCUGGCAGCACUAGUGACACGUUCCUUCCAACAAUCGAUAAACUACUGCAAGCCAAGUUUGUGUCCGGUGCAAAAACCGCAUAUCGCUUGCAAUGUGACGUCCAAGUUUGGCCCAAAAUGUGGCACUAUAGCCAACAUUGUGCCAAUGAACUCGACCAAUGUGGCACUGAUCGUGAGCAUGCACAAUCUGUAUCGGAGUGUUAUAGCCCAGGGCAAGCUGAACUACACCAAGCAGGAAUAUUUCCCCACCGCAGAACGGAUGCCCACAAUUCAAUGGGAUGACGAGCUGGCGUACAUUGCUGAGGCGAAUGCACGACAUUGCGUGUUCGAGCAUGACAAGUGUCGUAAUACCGAGCAGUUGAAGUCAGCUGGACAAAACUUGGCGUGGAUCAGCUACUACGGAUUUUUUCAAACUGAUGCCAAAUUGAUAUCUCAGAUGAUCAACUAUUGGUAUCGGGAAUAUAUCUAUGCAGACCGAAGCAUUAUCAGCAAUUAUCCAAAAAAUUACGGAGGGCCUGCUAUCGGUCACUUCACUGCCAUGGUGGCGGAUCGCUCCAACCGAAUUGGCUGUGCAAUGGUUAGCUUCGAAGAAUCGCCCUGGAUGAGAAAGUACCUGGUCUGCAACUAUUCCAUAACAAAUAUCAUCAAUCAACCGGUGUACAAGGCUGGGCCAACAGCUUCGAAGUGUGUCACAGGACAGAACCCUGAUUACGCUGGUCUUUGCAGUGUGGAUGAAGUAAUCGAUUCGAAUCCUUUUAAGUUUCCAUAAAAAUGAAGUAAACAGUAAGCAGUUCAGGUUUUGCUAGUCGAUUUUCGUAACUUUUUCUACAUAUCCCUUUCGUUCGUAACGACCCAGCCCAAUUGUCCUAUUGAGUGAUAAUAGUUUUGCAUAUUUUUUCAUCAGUUUGGUCUUUGUUUUAUGCGAUGUAAGCGUUGUAAUAAUGAUCCAUUACUAAUACUUGUAUACGGUAAAAAUUCUGCACGCUCGAAUCAAAGGAAUAAUCUCUUAACUAGUCAACAUCCCAAGCAACAUGACCACAAAUGCUUUUUCCUUUGGAUUCGCAAUGCUGUCAGUGUUGACUUGAGAACCAAAACAAAUACCUACAACGGAUAAAUCAACUGAAAAUCACUUCGAUUUGCACUACUGUACAAAGCUAUACGAUCCGAAGUGAAAAGGUCUUGAUUUGAGAAUGACUACUUUAGACAUGAAAAUAAAUAUAGAUGACAGGUAGUAGAAAGCGUUUCGCUUCGAUUCUUGGCUUUCUAACAGUUGUGAAGUAGAGUAGUGGCAAGACUGAAGAUGAAAACGGUGAAGGUCCUGGUAUGAAAUCUGGGUGUGGCAUAAACUUUUUUUUAUUUUAGUUUUUAAAUCAAAACAUUGUCAAUAGCGAAUUGAAGCUAUGUUUCAUUGAAAUCGAAGAGGCAUUGAAUGUUCCUUUCCAAGUGAUAUUCAGACGUUAACCAAUUGAUAGGCAAGAAGUGCGAAUUUAAGUGCCAAUCCCUACGUAUCAGCGUGUAGAUUUUUUACCGUGCACAACAAGUUAGGCAAAAAGUGACAAAAACCAUAAAACCUGAAUUUGUUUUACCUGUCGUAUAUUUAUUUUGGUAGUCAAAGCUAGGAAUCGAAAGAUAAAGAGUAGUUCUUCCAAAUAAGGAACAAUAGUUGUUGUUUUGUUGCUAAAUUUAAGAGUUCUGGAGAGCCAAAAUUGAGUCAUUUGUAUGGAGAUUUCACUUGUUUGCGCAUCGCCCUAAAAGGGAUAUAUUAGCUGUCAUUUGUUUCUGGUGAAUUAGGAGGUUUUCUUUUCAUUUUAUUCCCAUGUAAAAGCUCCCGCACUUCACUUUUUUCUCCCCCAAAUUAGAUUAUUUUCAGCGAUUUCGCUGAUGGUCUGGUCGGAACAAUCCCAAUCAAAUAGUUUUCGCGUGUGUGAAAGUAAAAGUCAAGACCAUUAAUUGAAAAGGCCGCAUCAACAUUUUGUAAAAAACAUGUUUCUGUUGACUUGAGGCCUUUUGAACUCCACCCACACACCUCACUACCACUAACAGGAAGCGCAAACAUCAAGCUUUCUGUUAAUGGUGGUGAGAUGCGUGGGUGGAUCCCAGAAGGCCCUAAGUCGACAGUAACGUGUUUGUUUACGUAAUGUUGAUUCGGGCUUUUCAAUUGUUGGUCUUGAAGUGUGUUUGUUCCGGGAGGAUUCGAAUCAUGAUUCGAACGGUGAAAAAUGGGAAGAUUGCUUAUGUAGUGUGUUUCUCUUCGAUUCAGAUAGCGAUAGAUGACGCUUAAGCCAAGGCUUAUUAGCCAGGACAGGCAGAAAAUCCCGCAAUAAAAAAAGAAAUUUAAAAAAAAUAGUCAGGACACAGUAAAUAAAAAUGCCUCUGCCUGAUCCCUGAAGUAAUGGCCCAUGGAGUGACAAUUAACCUUUUAGCUACGUCACUCCCAGUGAUGGUUUUACAAAAGACAUUAAUACUACUCACAUGAUUUACUCAAUUACAUAGGUAUACACAAAAUCUGAAUCUUUUCGUAUCGCUUAUAGUGAAUCCAAAAUCAUCCCUUUCCAUAUAUCCAAACCCUUGACACUUAUGAGAGCGUCGGUGAAUUGCUGACCUCUAGCGUUGAGCAAUUUUGAAUCGAUGUUCGCAACAUCGAUGUUUUUGUUCCGGUUAAUCGAUUUUUUAAUCGAUGUGAAGCCCCACGAAAUCGACCGAAUCGAUUUUUCUACAUUCGAUUUUUCUUUCGAUUUAAAAAUAUGAAAUUUAUUUUUUAUUUUUAAAACUGUACAUAAAAUCGAGGUAAAAUGUACAUGAAAUCGAGGGUCCACUAAAUCGAGGUAUACCUGUAUAUCUCGGGUUUCUUGGGCAAUCCCUCCCAGGAGUCUAAGUGAAUCUUUCUCAGGCUUCUGGAGGAAUCCUUCUUAUGGUCUAGAGAGUCCCUUUCAGGGUUCUAGCGCAUCCUUCUCGGCAUUCCGAACAUUUUUUUUUAUUGAGAAACCCUCUCAGGAUUCUUGAUGAAUUUCUCUGAAAAAUGUGGAAGAUCCUCUCUCAGGAUGCCUUUCAAUACUGCAGGAUAAUUUCUCUCGGGAUUCUGGAAGAAUCCGCCAGGGAGUUUUUGGGAUAUCCGUCUAAGCAUUCUGGGAGAAUCUCGAGAAAAUACUUGCAAUCCAUGUUGGUAGAACCACGCGAGACACACGCAUACUACACAAAUCUCCUGUAAAGUUCGUUUGCAUCAUUCAGGAACGUUUACACUAGAAAACGUCAAAGCGUUCGAACUGUAGCACCUCCGGAAUCAAACGAAAAUCAAACGAAAUUUAAAUUCAUCGUUAAAUCCAUGUACCAAGGCCUUUCAAAGAGUGUUACGUCUGUUUGUAUGUGAUUCUAGAGAAUCUCUCUCUAGAUUCUAAGGGAAUUCAUUUCAGGGUUUUGGGGUAUUCCAUACCAAGAGUGAUAUCCCUUUUAGGAUUACACUAGUUUACAGCAUUUUUGAACUCGGUAAGCUGAUGAUCAUUUUUGGUGUAGAAGCAUGCCCUGAGUUCGAAAACGCGAAAGAAAAAAAUUACAGUAGAGCGGAAAUUUUUUCGACUUUCCAUACAAGGUUGAUGAUUUGAAAUCAAUUUUUGUUCUAUUUUUAAGCAAAGUCGCUCACUUCAAACAUCUCAUUCACCGUAAUCAAUGCUCCGAUUGAGCUGAAAUUUUUACUGUAACUCGCCUACAUAUGAUAUGUCAAAUAAACGUCGAGAAAGAAUUUUUAGGUUGUUUUUUUCUUAUUGAAAAAAAUACAUUUCUUCAAAAAAAAAUGAGAAUUUUGCUAAAAUUCAAGAAGAUCGUCCCUAAAACUCGCCAAUAUCUUGAAUUUCAUCAAUCUGACGCAAAACCUGCAUUCAGAUGAUCGAAUGGUAUUGUAUUCAGCUUUUAAUUUAUGGAAAAAGAUUUUAAAUUGGUUGAACAAAUCGCAAUAUAUUUGAAUUUUAGUAAAUUACAAAUUUUGAAAAGUUACAAAACUCGAUAUUGAGCUAGAACUAAAAAACUGUUCUACUUUAAAUUUUUUGAAGGUCGGUUUCGAAAUCAGCACUAAAUUGUGCUUCAAAAAUUUUGGUCAUUGGCAAAAGUUCACGACUUUCGUUUUAUUUUGUAAACUUGUGUUAUAAGUAAUUUCUGGAUGAUAUGGGUUGAUCCCUCUAAGGAUUCUGGAAGACCCUCAGAUAGGAUCCCACUCAGAAUUCUGAGGAUUUUUUUCUUAGCAUUCUCAGGAACUCCUCUCAGAAUUCUUGAAGAAUCAUACUCAAACUUGUGGCAAAAUCCCUCUUCAAAUUCUGUGGGAAUAUUUCCUAUGAUUGUGAGAGAAUCCCACACAGAAUUCUAAAGGUAUCCUUUUCAGGAUUCUGCGUAAGAUCCUUUUAAAAUUCUGGGGAAAUAUCCCUUAGUACUCUUCCCAAGAUACUCUGAAAAUUCGGCUUUCUGGGGUAUAAUGCCCCCAGGAUUCUGAGAAAAUUUCUCUCAAGAUUCUGGAGAAUUUGCCUCAUGGUUCUGAAGAAAUCCUUGGGAUUCUGGGGCUAUAUUUUUCAAGAUUCUUGGGCACUUUCUUUCAGAACUAUCAAUUAUCGAAGAAUCUCUUGCGAGAUUCUGGGCAGAGUUCUCUAGAGAAAUUGGGAUUUUGAAGAAUCCCUCGCAAAGAUUUUGCGAUUCCUCUCAGGGUUCGGAAAAAAUCAUUCUCAGCAUUUUACGAGAAUUCCAGUGGAAUUCUGUUUUCUGUAUUCUGGAGCAGUGGCUCCCAGAAAUCCCUUUCAGUAAUCUCUUAGUAAUCAGGAAAAUCCCUGACUUGAUUAUAGAAAGAUUCCGUUGAGGUUCUGGUGUAAUAAUUUAAAGUAUUCUAGAGAAAUCAACCUCAGAGUUCAGGGACAAUCCCUUUCAGGAGCUUAGGGGAUUCCUUUCAAAGGUUCUGGACAAUGUC